AUGGACCCUCUCGUGGCCGCAGAACUGGAAAACUUCGACGAUAGUGUGGCAUUUCGUGCCCGGCCACAACACGUCCACUACACCUGGGCGCGCACAUUUUCGUCCCUCCCAGAGCUUUUUAUCCAACCCGAGUCUCUGCCUGAAGUUGAAAAAGUUGUGAACCUGGCACGAAGAUGCCGUCGGCGUCUAGUGACGACUGGCUGUGGCCAUUCACCAUCCAAUAUCACUUGUACUUCCAGCUGGCUCGUCAACCUGGACAACUUCAACAAGGUCCUUUCAGUGAACAAAGAUACAGGUGUUGUUACCAUGGAGGGUGGAAUCAGGCUUUACGCCCUCUGCGAAGAGCUCGAGAAGCAUGGACUCACGAUGCCAAAUCUUGGAAGCAUCAAUGAGCAGUCUAUCAGUGGCGCUAUCUCAACAGGUACCCACGGAAGCAGUCUACGCCAUGGACUGAUGUCCGAAGACAUCCUUUCCCUGAAGGUGACAAUGGCAGAUGGAACCACAGUGUACUGCUCCAAAGACAUCAAGACGGACCUUUUCAGAGCUGCCAUUCUUUCUCUCGGUGCUAUUGGUAUCAUUACUGAAGUUUCCUUCCAGGCAGUUCCAGCCUUUACUUUGAAGUGGGAACAGAGCAUUGACACAGACUACAAGAUGUUUGAGUCUUGGAAUCGAAACCUAUGGACACAGAGUGAAUUUGUCAGGGUCUGGUGGUUCCCAUAUACAAGACGUGCAGUGGUGUGGCAGGCAGAGCAAACUGACGAGGAAUACCGUGACCCCCCUCAGAGUGGAUAUGAUGGCUCAAUCGGCUACUAUGUCUACCACAAUCUUCUCUAUCUUGCCCAACACGUUCCGCGAAUCCUGCCAUGGGUUGAGUGGUUUGUCUUCGGUAUGCAGUAUGGCUUUCGGAAUGGAACCACUUCUUCAGCUGUUCAACCAAGCCGCAAAGCACUGCUCAUGAACUGCCUAUAUUCCCAGUUUGUUAAUGAGUGGGCUAUCCCUCUUCAUAAGGGCCCCGAGGCCCUCCGGAGACUGAGCUCUUGGCUCAACCACUUGACUCCUGCUGACCCUGAUUACGUUCCUCACAACAUCCCCUUCUCUGCUGACGGUCUUUACGUCCACGCACCCGUCGAGGUGCGCGUGAGCGACACCACUCUGACCUCGAACGUACGGCCAUACCUUGAUAUUACUGUUGAAAACGGACCUACGCUGUACCUCAAUGCGACACUAUACCGCCCCUACCUAAUGGAUCCUCCUUGCCACGAACGAUACUACGAGGCUUUUGAGUGGCUGAUGAAAGACCUUGGAGGUCGUCCGCACUGGGCAAAGAAUUUUAGAACCACCCGGCCCGAGAUUGAAGCGUUCUAUGGCAAGCAACUUGAAUCGUUCCGGUCCAUACGCAAUGAUGCCGACCCUCAGGGCAUGUUUGUCGGGCCAUGGCAUCGAGAAACAAUCAUGGAGAAUGGCGAAGGUCUUGAGUUGGAAGAGGUUGAGAUCCGAAGAGAGAAGAACCGCACAGGAGGUGUCACAACGUUUGGAAUCAUUUGA